UAACACUUAACAUUUCCAUUUAUCGCCUACAUUUUUAGACCUAAAGUGGUAGGAUCAAAUGUAAAAUGUUUUAAUUUCCUGAAUUAAAUAUUAAAUUUAGUCAAAUUUGAUUUGCAUUGACGGCAAAUCACGCGGUAAAUUCUCUGAAAUGUUUUUUUCUACACCUGUGUAAAAUAAGUGUGUGUAGUUACCACUAACAACCACAGGGGGGCAGCAGUGGUCAGUACUAUCAGCCGGUGCAUUGACGACAGUUCAAAGUUUAAUUUAUGUUGUUGGUUUUAGACACUGAUGUACAGACGUCGAUCGCAUUCAUCUGGAAGAAUAUAUAAAUGAGUAAAUUAAAAAUGUGGUUUUAUUCUGAAUUGACAGCAGGAACGACCACUGACCUCUGAUUUUUCAACUCGCCGACCCCGGCAUGGGAUUAAAUGACAAAGUCUAUGUUUGUUUUCCAACUUCUCGUUGCAGUUUCUGUUGAAGACGUUUCACCUUCAUCCAGGAGUCGUCUUUUCCAGGACGUUUAACCGCGAUAGAAACUGUCACAGAGAGUCCGCUCCAGUGGUUUGAAAGAACCAGGUUGUUGACAAUGUUUUCAUCACGUGUUAACGUUAGCGGAGGUCACAUGCUCAAAGUUCUUGAUCAUGACUCCAAGUCCUCAAUUGACAACUGGAGUCCUAAAUUGGGACUCUUAAGUUCUCAAUAAAAGCUUGAAGUUCCCAAGUUCUCAAUCCUGGAUCAAAUUUCCCAAGUUCUCAAUCCUGGAUCAAAGUUCCCAAAUUCUCAAUCCUGGAACUUCUAAAUGGUUGACAUCGAUGGCGUCCUGUAUGAAGGAGGAGCAGGGAGCUCCGCCCACUUUUCCACACAGGUUGAAUUUUCAAAAACUUGCAAAAGUGAAUCAUCUUCAAGGAAACUUAAAAGUCCAGUCUAUAAUGAUUCAAUGGGUUUUGGAAAGCUCUCGCUCUCUCCCCCCCUGUGUCCAGCUGCUGUCUCAGAGGGACGGGUGUGGGACGUUCCAGCGUUCCUCCCUCUCCUCUCUCUCAGUCCCUCAUAGCUUAAAUCCCGCUGGCCCUCUAAUGGCUUAAGCCUCCAGACACUCGAGGCUGGCUCGUGUUCUGGAACACCUGGGGUUCUGAACGUCGCAGAUUCUGGAAUACGUUAAAAUCUUAGGACUUUAUGUCUCUGGACGCCGUGAAGAUUGACUUUUUGUGAUGCAGUAUUUAAGUUAGUUUCUUUAUCAGCUUUAUAAGCCCUUUUGGAAAGUAGAUCGGAUGUCUUGAUUUUCUGGAACAACGCAUAGAAGUCUGGAUUUACUUUUUGAUUAAAGGAAAAUAACUGCUCUUUUUUCACCUUAAACUUGUUUAAAUAUGGGAUUUAUGUUUAAAAUUUGAACUGUAAUUGUUUUCUGAACGAGACAAGAGGUGUUUACAUACAUAUAUAUUGUAUAUAUAUAUGUCUGGUUGUGUUUUCUGCGAUGAUGGAAGAAGCGAAGGCUCGCGGUCCUCGACAGCGGAGGUCGACGGACAUCGGUCGUCCAGAGGCAUCAACGACCGACAGCAGGACCGCUAACGUGUCUUCAGAUAAAAGCACGGAUCACGUCUUAAACAAAAGCAACGCUGACGACCCGGGACGCAGCUUUGCAUGGUUUCUGGAGCACGGUCCCCGUAUCCCUGCUUCGAGGCCCCUAACGAGUCCCAUUCUUGGAGGCAUCCCUGGGAGCUCGCUCCUGAUUGGACAGCAGGCUGCCUCCCUGCAGCUAGCUCAGCUGAAAGCCCAGCUAGCGCUAACACAGUUAAACAAUGUUGGUUGCCAAGCAGCAAAAUUCACACCUCCCUCACCAACUGCCACCGCAAUCAGUCUCCUUAACAUCCUGAAGAUCGCAAACACCAUGAGUCAUCCCCUGUGCAACCCCUUUGCCUCUGGGAACCAAAGUUCCACCCAAGGGCCACAUGGACUCACGGCAGAAAAGGACCUCCCUGGAACGUCUCUCCAUGUUGGGCCUGAGUCCAACUUCAGCUUUUCUGCUGCUUAUUCUGCGUCUCCUGCCAACUCUGGAAUAAUAAUUCCGUCACACUCGACUCAGUCCGUGAAUUAUGGGCCUGAACAUAGUCGAGCCGUAAUUGACGCAGAUAUGAGCAGAGCCAGAGAGGAGUUGACUUUUCCUACAGGACAGAACACUCACUAUCCCAUGUCCUCGACCUCAGCCUCUCAAGGUCACACACUCUCUGAUGUUGAAGGUAAAAGAAGCACCUUGGACUGGCUGCCAAAAUACAGAGGGUCAACCACUAAAAAUCCUCCUAAAUUGUAUUCACUCAACAGUAGUGGCUUUAGCUUUAAUUCCUCCAUAGAAAGAAAAUGUGAUGUUCAGUCUGUUACGAGAUUGGGUGAUUGUGACAAACCUGCAAAUCUUACUGAAAUACGUCACCCCAAGUACACCUCUGAAGCAGCCACUAAAAUUCUGUCAGGGUUUGGCCUAGAAAAAGAGGACUUGGAACUUCUCAUCUUAUACCCCGAAGACCAGCUGACCCCCACCAACCUGCCAUUAAUUUUGCGCCAAAUCCGCAUUCAGAAGAGAAAGAGGUCUACGGCUACAGCUGAGUCAAAACUUGACUCUGAACCCCAACCCAUCAGAAGUGUGAGAGGAAUGGAAAGUUUGAGUGGUUCUCAAGGUUCUUCAGCUGUUCUCCAGCCCCAUAAAGUGAUUGAUUAUGGACACACUGGCAAAUACUUUGGUGGGGUUGUGAAUGACUCUGAAAGAACCAGUAGUGUCAGUGCUAAAAGAGAUGGGAGUAUGUUGUUGGACUCCUACGAGCAGCAUACCAGCAGUGCCAGUCGGGAACUACUUAAGAACAAUGUGUCACAGGGGAAAGUUGGUGCCUUUGGUUCCUCAUAUGGCCAAAGUAGUUCAGUUACCAGCUCUUCAUACGGUUCCGUGCUAAAAUCUGUUGCACCUUUACGUAAUGACCGAGCAAAGCAAUUGAAGACCGAAAAGUCAAACCAGACUUUUGGUCCUAUCCUCAGCUCUUUGUCUGUGCUAAAGAAAAACAAAGACGGAACCGUUGCCACACCUGAAGACUCUGUCAUCAACUCUCAGUUCAUUUCAACUCAGAACUCUGUAGCUCCUUUAAGUAAUGAUCGAGCUAAACAACUGAAGAUCCAGGCAAGCCAGACUUUUGAACCAAUAUUUGACAAAACUGUUGUCCUGCCUGAAGACCCCAAGUCCCUUCCUUUGAAAGUACAGAGAGCAGAUCCCCAGUCAGCAUCGAAAGCCCAAUCGUCCUACACUCUUUUGCAUGGUAUGCAUCCUGACCGGCCUGGUCUCGUGCUCAUUAGUAUCAGUGAUGCCAAGAACAUGAAGAAUCAGGAUAAAACUCAAGGUAGAACACAGGAGAACCAGGAGCAGAAAAGGCCUGCAGUGCAAACGGGGAAAGCAUUACGCAUUCCAGUUAUUUCUGAAAGUAAACCUGCGCCUCAACGUUCAGUUGGUGGUUCUCAGUCCACUUCUCCUCACCCUGUGCAGAGUUUGCAAAAGUUGCCGACACCUCAUCCGGCAAAACCUCCAGUUUUCAAGGACCUGCCAACUCCAGCCAUGAAACGUUAUGACACUGAUGAUGAUACGUUAACUACACCCAAAGUCUUUCCUCACACCUGUUCUCUGUGUCACAUAGAAUGCAGUCACAUGAAGGAUUGGAUCGCCCACCAGAACACUGCCGUUCACCUUGAGAACUGCGGAGACCUCCAAACACUUUCCCCUGGGAAAGAUGCCAAGCCCUCUUCCUCCACAUCUGUGCAGAAUACCCAAAAACAUCUGAAGAAAUCCAGGCAUGGAAGCAGUUCCCGCUCAUCAAGCCCUGAGAGCAGAAAGUUACCCCACAGCUACAGAUACAAUCACAAUUCCUGUACUCGCUCUCUUCGUUAUGACCGCCAUUGUUCACGCUUGAGGAGCCAUGAGAGCCCGAGGAGGAGAAACAAGAGACGGUCCUCGCCGAGGACUAGUGAAGAGAGGCGUUUGUCUCAAAAAAGGAUCCGUGGAAGCCGAUCGCCAUCACAAAGGAGAGAUGAGAGACAAUUUUCAAGAAGUCGUGAAAGACAGCCGUCACCGGAGAGGUCAACUAAACGGAAGAGGUCAAGCUCCGUCGAGAAACUGAUGAUGGAAAUACUGGAAAAAUCAGAGACCAACGCGCAGGAUGUGGUUUCAACUCUACUCAAUGAGCUGACCAAAAUCAAAUCGUCCCCUUCACCUUCUCCCUCUGCCGGACGAACAACGCCACACUCUGCCGCCUCUUCAUCAUCCUCAGCAGCAAAAAAGAAGGAGACAACCACAGGGUCGAGAAAGGCCAGUCAACAGGAAUGCAAGGAUACUGAUCAAAAGCCGACUCCUCAGAAGAAAUCUGUUGUUUGCCGCGGCUCCAAACCUCAGACCAAUAAAUCUACAGCCACUACUGCUCGUAAAACAACUAAUCUCCAAACGAACAUAGAACAGGUGGAAGGAAAUUCAGCAAAUAUGUCGUCCAAAUACACAACUUCAGAAAACCCCACAGAUACAGAGAUUUGUACGUCAGACAAAUCCGACACAAAGGUUCAACAAUCUGUGGUUACGGUAGAAGAAACAGACAAGGUUGACGAAUCAACAAACAAAGUUAUCCCUAAAGCAAUGGACAAAUCUGGAACGACCUUAUCUUCACAGACAUUUGUAAUAGUUGAACAUUUGACUUCGGCUGGAGAUAAGACAAAAGAAAGUGCAGAAGCAAAAUCUAAACUGGAUGCAAAGGUUCAAGAGUCUGUGGUUGAAAAAUCUGAAAACACGAGUGUUGGUGAACCAAGUCAAGUCUCAGAAGGCCAAGUCCCUAAGGUGAAAAUCAAAGGGGAAACAGUCUCAUCUUUGCAGGAACCCAAAAUACAAGCUGAGAAUUUUGUCACAGGAGAAAAUGAGACAAAACAACCAAAUUCUACAGGACGUCCUCCUGAUCAUUCAAAUGAUUUAGAAUCAAAGGUGCCAAAAGUCGUAGCCAACACUGAUGAAACGGCAAACGCAGCUGAUGCUGAACUUGGACCAAUCCCUGAGAUUCUCACGAAAACAAAGAUCAAAGCCAAAGCAAGUUCUUCUUCAGGAAAAUCCAAAAUGCCGAUAGACAUUGUGGCCACAGUGGGCAAUGAAACAAAAGAAAAAAUGGAAGGAAAAUUGGAAAAACCUACAAUUUCCUCAACACCAGAAAAUCGCCCUGCUGUAGAGACGUCUAAGACCAAAGAAGUGGACACACAUAGCCCAGUCAAGGUCGAUGAGUCCAGAAACAUGACUGAGGCUGAACAAAAUAAACUCUCAAACUUUGAAAUCUCUUCUUCACAAAAACCCAGAUUACUUGAGGAGAAUUUGGCUUCAGCAGAAGAAAAGACAACAAGAAACCUUGAAGAAAACAAUGCAAAACCCAAAGAUGUGCUAUCCAAAUCCACAGUUCCAGACAAAGAGACUUCCAAGUCAGAAGAAUCAGAUAAAAAGGUUGUGGUGGUAACGGAAGACAGAGACAAUGUUGACAAACUACUACUCUUUGAGGCCCAGACCACAACAGACAAACAUAUUAAUGAGGAAACUGCUGUAAAAGACGUGAAGACUGUAACUGACACAGGAGUCUCGACCGAGGAGAUCGACAAAACUGCCAAAUCUGUGGAAGAUAAACAUGACGGACUAGCAAAUGUUCCAGUAACUGAAGCAAAGGACAACAUGAAAACAAACUCUUCUUCAAUGGAACCCAAAAAAACAGCGGAGAAUUUGAUAGUUAAAGAAGUGCAAGAAAAAUCUGUGAAACCCAAAAGUCUGUCGUCAAUGUGCGAACUUAAAGAAAACCCUGACGUGGCUACAAAUGUUCAACCGUUUGUGGUGAUACAAGAAGAUAUGGGAAAAGUCGAUGCAUCUGAAAAACGGACUGAACCAAAUGAAGUCACAGAAGAUGCAGAAACUUUGGACGCAAAGGUUCAACGGUCAGCUGUGGUGCCAAAAACCUCAGGAAAUGUGGUCUUUCCUGAACUUGAUUGUGGAGCAGCCAAAGUCGAUGCUGAGACAAAGAGGACAAAGGAUGCAGCACUGCUGGAGGUUGGAGAGACAGGAGCUGACGUGGCAGAACCAAUGGAAGACGAGGGUUGUGAUGAGACCAGACCAGAUUUGUCUGCACCUGAACCUUCUACUGUUCCACCUAAGAACACAGAAGCAGAACCUCAAACUCAGAAUCCACAGACUGACAUUAAAACUCCAGAAACCUCCGUUAAAGCUUCAUCACAAGACCUACAACCAGAGUACACUGCACUAGGACCGGAGACCAAGAUGGAGGCUUCACAGCCUUCAAGCAGUACUGAAGAUUCCAGUUCUAAACUGUCUCUCAACUUAAGUUUCAAGGUCUUACAGGAGAAUCUUCAAAACCAUUAUGGGGACACCACAAACCUUGAUCUAAACUGUGUCACUGUUGAUGCAAAUUCUUCAACAAAACUUCCACAUUCGGAUCUUUCUGAAAUUCCACCUGGUGUGCAGACCAGUUUCCCUGUUACUGCUGCACCAGAAACACCCGAGGAAUCCAGGAGUUGUGAAAAUGUCAAAACAGAAUCCAAUGCAAGAUCUGCAGGUGACGUGCCGGAGAUGGAGGACAGUCAGAAACUAGUAGCAGAGAAUAUUGUUGACUCAAACUCCAUACUCUCAUCCACUGUAGAACUUCUCCGUAUAGACAAGGAUGCAUUCAUGGCCAUUAAAGCAGCAGUAUGCCAGUACAGACUUGCCAAACGAAGCCGGGCCCAGACUGACUCCACUGCAGGAGUUUCUAAUAAAGACCAAGAGUCUGGAGAGGUCACUGAGAAGUUGGAUGAAAAACCAGUUGCAUCCACCUCACAAAGGUCUGUUAGAAGAAGGAGCAUGAGAGGAAAAAGAGAUGAUCUCCCUGAAGUAUCUAAAGAACUUGAGUACGAGAAGACAUCGUACAAAAACCUUGACUCUGUGGAGGACGAGACUGAGAGAUGUUUCAACUGA